GCUAGCGGCGAGGCCUCCGCCAAGAAGCCAAAGACGACGAAACCACCUCCGCUUGACUCAAGGAAGGCGGAGCGUGCGCGUCUACGGAUGCUCUCGACGGCUGGCCAGGGCACACGCCCCAUCAUUCCCGGUGCCCCGAAUCCGAAAACCGCUGCCACGCGGACCACCAGCCAGGAGCCCAUCACGAAGUACAUGAAGAAAUCUCCGGCUGUUGGUCCCUCUACUCCAGUUCCACCCAGCGCUUCCCACCCAACUCCUCAACCGUCGCCUCCUCAGGCUGACCCAUCUCCUCCGCCUGCCGCAAACACUCCACCGGAGAUAAUUCCGGUUAGCAGCGGGCAUGUGGAGGAAGAAGAUCCCAAGGCCAAAAGCCCUGCCCAAGAAGAGGCGGAAACACAAGGCCAAGGAGAUGCGGAAGUCACUUCCGAGAAGGCUGGAGAGGGCGCUGGCGACAUAGUCGUUUUUCCGAAGAACUUCGGGGAUCCGGCGGACACCACUUCCACCCCCAAGGCGUAUGCCACCAAGUUUUUUAACAAGCUGACUGAGGCGGAGAAGUGGGAACUUGAACAAGACCUGCUCAACGCCAUGCUGAACAACGCCUGGGGGAAGCCGGAUUCCAGGACAUCAGAGAUCCAGGACUUCAAGAAAAACAUUGGCCAGUUCUGCGAUCAACUUAUCUGCAAGCAAAAGGAACAGCAGGCGCUGCAUUACGAGCUGCACAAGAACAUUGCCCUGCAGCGCCGCGUUACUCUGAGUCAGGCGGAAAAUAUCCGGACCCUGAAGGAUGAGAAUGCGGAACUGGCUAAACAACUGGCAGACGCCCAAGGCGCAUCCUCCUCCCUUGCAACAGCUUCGACUGAACUUGAGAACCUGCGCUCCUCGUACCAAGAAUUGGAGACGAAGCUAAAGGAGGCGGAACUUAAGAGGGAGCAGGCCGAAAAGCAGCUGGCGGAGAAAAACUCCGAGCAUAUCAGGGAAAAGGGCGAGCUGGAGCUGAAAAAGAAUGCUGACAGCGAGACCAUCAGGAGGCAGCAAAAGGAGCUCAACGGACUCCGGAAAUUUAUGGAGACAGCGGAGCAGCACUGGGACUUGCUCAAUGAGAACAUCUUGGAGCCGCUUGGGUACCCGGAACAGCGCCAGAAUUUAUUCCCACGGGACGAUCUUCUGUUCGUGCUCGCCUGA